AUGAAGGUCACCACGAUUCUUGCUGCUUUCUUGCCUGUCUUGGCGCUGGCCCAGACCUCAAGCGGCGAUACGACAACGGUCACCUCUACGGCUACCCAGACCAAGACCAUCACUCUCGAGCGCGCUCACACCACUACCAUGACCUACGGCACCGGCAACAGCACUGCGACGUUCAAGCCUACCGGCUCCGUCGUCGCCUCUGCAACUGCCGCGGCGACCGCUGCAACCACUUCGAAAUCCAGUGCGGGCGCCGCUCUCAAUGCUGGUAACCUGGCGCUUGCUGGUGUUGCCGGUAUGGUCGCUGCUGUUCUGUUGUAA